GCCCGUGCCGCGCCCAGCGCACCGUGUGUGGUCAUGCCUCCUGCUGCGUUGCCCUUCCGGUUCUGGCAACGAUUGGAGUUGGGGUUGCGCCCGCACGUGGCGCGUCACGGAGACGGCGUCGUCGUCCGUCGGCAGGCAGCGGGCGAUUUCCCCAACCGCCCUUCCGGGCCCCCCAGGGGGAGUCCUCCGGAGGAGGAGGUGCGAGAUGGAGGACGGUCCGUCGGGCUGCUUCCAGGCUGUGCGUGCUAUGCUUCAGGAGUUGCUGUCGAUCCCGAAGCGCUCCGUGGAUGACCACCUGCGCCGAGCAGAAACUUCUGUGUCCUUGGAUCCACCAGGGGACCGCAAGUAUGUCAGAGUGGAAUGUCUGGUCGUGGCGCUCCAUUUUGCUGGUGCCCACGUGUCAGACAUUGCCUGGGGGUUGUUCGUUGAGCGUUCGUGCCCGCCGGACUCGGAGUUCGUCGCGGCUGCGCCGCCCCCCGCUGCCGCGCCGCCCCCUGCUGGCGGCGAUGGCGCCAGCGUGGCGCCUUCUUCCUCGGGGGCAUCUUCGGCUCCGCCGACGUCGGCAUCCCUGUCCAGUCGCUGCAGCCGCCAGCACGGCGCCCUGGGCCGCGACUUGCUGGAACAGGCCGCCGAGCAGCGGGUGCGCGACCUGCUGGCGGAGGUGCACGCCGCGGGCCGCCGUGCGGAGGGCGAGGCGGAGGGCGCCGAGGCCGCGGCGGCCGAGGACUGAAGCGCCGAGCUCGCGCGCGCGGCGUGCUGCGCCGCGGCGCGCGCGC